AUGAGUGUGGAUGAGUAUACGGACAAGUUUUUGGACUUGUUCCAGUAUGUAGGACAAGCAUAUGACACGGAGAAGAAGAAAGCGAGGAGAUAUGCCAUGAGGUUACAUCCUCGGUAUUUCUCUUUGAUUCAGGCAGCGGAUAAAGAGAGUUUUCACUCCAUUGUUGAUGCAGCAAGGAUGAUGGAGGCAAGUGUCAGUUUUCAAGGGACAGACAAGCCAUCUGUGGCACAGUCUUUAGAUCCCAAGAACUUGGAGACAGGUGAUGUUGAUCUCUCCUCUUUACAUGAAGCAGAUACGAAGAGUAAAAAGGGAGGAAGAGGUCUGAGGAGAUCAAAGAGGGGUAAGUUCUGGGAUACGAUGAAAGCAGGAUACUCGAGCGCAAGCUCAGAGGUGCCAGUAUGUGAGAAGUGUGGUAGAAGGCACGGAGGAGUUUGUCUCUUUGGGACGUCAGCAUGUUUUAGGUGUGGCCAAGAAGGACACAUAGCUCGUGAGUGCCCUCAGGCAUUUUUCACCGCACAGUCCCAUCAGACAACUAGGGGAAGUGUACCACGACCAGUAGCUCCAGUCACGACACAGAGCAGGGGUAGAGGAAGAGGGUCAACCCCUUCACAUGUGGGUCCUCGAGGUGAAGGUCCGUCAGCUCCGGCUCGGAUCUUUACUAUGACACAACAAGAGGCAGACACGUUUAACACCAGGGUGUCAGGUAAUUCCCUCCUUGGAUGUUUUGACGUGUAUAUCUACGUUUUGAUGUUUUUCCCUGUUGGUUCUAGAACCAUAGAGCGAGUAGGUCUGAUGACCUCUGGGCUUAGAAUGUCAUUAAAGUUAGUAGACCUCAGAGUGAUCCAUCUGUGA